AUGGUGGUGAGCCCGCGCCCUUCUGCUCCCCCGGGGCACCGCAGCCUGGUGCCACGCCGGCAGCCCGCAGCCCCGCCUCGCUGGAAGCAGACCGGUGCAAAUAAAGUUCAAGGUAACUUUACAGAUCAGGGUCAUGUUCCUUUCCAACCGCCCAUGUCUAUAAAAAGCAGACAAUGCCUCGCUGUGUGGCUGAAAUGCUCUCCCCUGCUGCUGCUGUGUAGCUCCACGCGCGCUGUUAUUCCUGCCGUGUGGAACUCUGGCUCUAUGGCUGCCGAGAGCCCAGCUGAGAAAUCUGGGAAAUGUGAGUGUGAGACACACCAGGCUAAGAGCAUCCUGUACCAGAUCCUUAACAAAGAGCGUGGAAGUGAGACCAAGUGGCACCAGCAGUACCGCAGUCCCCUCCGUGCCUUGGGAAGCAAGGGCUGCUCUUGUGCGGACGGGAGAAGAGCUGUCCUGAAAACUCCUGAAGCCACGUGCAGAAGAGCUUCUGAAGUGCUCUUGAAGACUUUAACUUUUAUUAGAAACUUGCCUUCAUUUUAUCACGUGCCUUGGGAGGAUCAGCUUGUCCUCAUACAGCAGAACUGGUCCCCUCUUUUUGUCCUGGGCAUGGCACAAGAAUGGGAGGAUUUUGACCUCAGAGAGCUUUCAGCCCCUAGUUUAUUGAAAAAAAUCCUCCUCAAUCAGUCUUUGACAGCUAGCAAUGAACUGGGCAGCUCGUCACUGGGAGCAUCUUUAGCAGAAGUUCAGAAGAUGAAGAAUUUAUUGUGGAAAUUCUGGGACCUGGACUUAAGUGCAAAAGAGUAUGCUUAUCUUAAGGGAAUUAUUCUUUUUAAUUCUGGAUGCCAUGCCCUAAAAUGUCUCCCCUAUGUACAAACACUGCAGCAGGAAGCUCAGCAAGCCUUGAUGGAGUUUAUCUCAACAAUGUUCAACAGGAACCUAGGCAGGUUUGCUUGCAUUCUUCAGCUAAUCACCUCUCUUCGAGACAUUGAUGCAGAUGCUAUUGAAGAGCUCUUCUUCAGGCCCAUCCUAGGAGAGGCCACCCUAAUUGUAUUACUUCUAGAAACCCUACACAUGAAGCCAAACUGGCUUUCAAAACAGAUGACAUCUGUACUCUCAAAUACCUAUAUUUGA